UCUGGCGGGGGGAAAAAACAAGUGAAAAGGGACGCGGCGGCUUUGCGACCCCAUCCCAUCCCAUCUUUACCUGUUCAGUCAGAAGUGGACACAGUUGGCGUCUCUGGAUGGACUUAAGGUCAGCAUGCACUUUGCAAUCCGAGUCUAAAUAUUUUCUUCGAUUUUUUUUUUUUUUCUGGAGUUAAAGGACUGCAGGAUUAUUUCUUGUGUUUGGUAAAUCCAUCACAGCCGUGAUGCAUUUCUGAAUCAGGUAAAGAAGAAGAAAAAAAAUCUUGGAGUCUGCAGCAGAAACUCUUAUUUUACCCAUGUAAUUGGAAUAACUCUCGUGAGGAAUUUAACUUCCAUUGAGGUGCGUAAUCUGUGCGGCGUGUGCGGUUGCAGCGCCGCAGAAUAGUUGUGCCUCGUUCUUCUUCUUCUUCUUUUUUUAACGACCAAUACCCCAUUUUUCCAUGGAGCAAUUUUAACCACAGGUAAAGACUUAAAAAAAGAGAGAGUGGGCUUAUUUCUCCGUCGCCUGGACCGAGCAGGCGGAUCUGAUGAGCCGAUUCUUCGUAGGAUGGUAAAUGACCGAUGGGGAAUCAUGAACAGCUCUUCUGAACUCGAAGAUGGAACUCGGCAUAAAAACCAGACGUUCUGUGAAUGUGUGCCCAGCUCCUCCCAACUCAAACAUCGCUGGUCAGACUCAGAAACUGCCAGGGAGACUCCGGCCAAGAGGAUGAGCUGCAGCUACCUGCUCUGCACCAUCCUGCUCUUCGUGGCCGUGCUGCUGGCCGUCACCGUAACCGGCACCAUCCUUUUCAUGAAUCACUACCAGGCCCCACCCAUGUCCGACGGCCUCCCGCACAUUUCCACUAACCAGGAUGAGGCCAACGCCCUGGUCACCGUCGAGAGGGGUGACGGCUCCCGCAUCAACAUCUUCAUCGACCCCAACUGCCCCGACUACAACAGUAACUUUUUGCGCCUGGAGGGCGUGCAGACCUCGCUGCUCCACUCGCUCACCGACCACGACUCUGACCUGAAGUCGGUGAAGGGCCAGGAUCGGGCCCUGCUCGUCAGCCUGGCGGAGGAGGUGGCCAAGCUGUCGGCCCACGCGGGGCAACUGAAAAUGGACUAUGAAUCGCUACGCAGGGGGCAGGGAAACCUGGGGCAGGACCUGAACACGCUACAGACGGAACAGGGGCGCCUCAUACAGCUGCUCUCAGACAGCCAGAUCAACAUGGUGAAGGUGGUGAACUCCGUCAGUGACACUCUCAACGCCAUGCAGAAGGAGAACGUGGGCCUGAAGGCGCGCGUCAAGGCCGACCUACAGAGAGCUCCGGUCCGAGGGGCUCGCCUCAAGGGCUGCUCCAACGGCUCGCGUCCCCGUGACUGCGGUGAUCUGUACGCCAGUGGUCAGAGGGAAGACGGCAUCUACUCCGUGUUUCCAGUUCACCACCCCGCGGGCUUCCAGGUCUACUGUGACAUGACCACGGACGGAGGAGGCUGGACGGUGAUUCAGCGCAGGGAGGACGGCUCGGUCAAUUUCUUCCGAGGAUGGGAGUCUUAUCGCGAGGGAUUUGGAAAGAUCACCGGCGAACACUGGCUCGGGCUGAAGCAGAUCCAUGCCCUGUCCAUCCAGGGGAACUAUGAGCUGCGUAUCGACUUGGAGGACUUUGAAAAUAGCACAGCGUAUGCGCAGUACGGAACCUUCGGAGUGGGCCUCUUCUCAGUGGACCCCGAUGAUGACGGAUACCCUUUAACUGUGGGAGACUACUCCGGCAACGCAGGCGAUUCUCUGCUCAAGCACAAUGGGAUGAAGUUCACCACCAAGGACAGGGACAACGACCACUCGGAGAACAACUGCGCCUCCUUCUACCACGGCGCGUGGUGGUACCGAAACUGCCACACCUGCAACCUCAACGGCCAGUACCUGCGCGGCCAGCACACCUCCUACGCCGACGGCAUCGAGUGGUCCUCCUGGACCGGCUGGCAGUACUCGCUCAAGUUCUCCGAGAUGAAGAUACGGCCCACCCGCGACCCCGAGAAUAAAUGAAAGUGACAGACACAAAGAAGGAAAGAUGUUAGAUGGAGUUACUUGUCUCGAUAUUGUUUAUUCACUAAAACGUACCUCUUUGAUUUGCUUUAUUUUUACCCGUGAUGUUUCCCCUUUCCAUUUUUGCUCCCCUCUCCCCCCCCUCCCCCGCACCGCCCAGCUACUAGUCACGCCAGCUGUCAUAAACCACCAUGCGGGUAUCAUUUUUGAUCAUAUGGUCCAGUCCGAGACAGUGGUCCGGGGCCGUCACCCCUGCAAGAUCACACGCACAGCGAUUUUCUCCUCCCGACACGUAACUCUGACCUCCCGUCGGCGCUGACGCGGCACUCAGACUUCGGUUCAACUCUCACGGCCCACGGCUGCAUAAUCUGAUAACGGAAAAAGGGCUGCCCUCCCCCCACCUCCACCCCACCCCACAUGCGCACACCGAGCACGAACGGGAGACCACAGAGGAGGAGGAGUUACCCGGCGAGGGCGGCGGCGGCGGCGAGACGCUCAAAGGAUGAUUAGCGGGGGGAAAAAAAGGCGGAAACAAUUUGAGUUAGAGCGCUUAAAGGAACAGGGGGGUGAAUCAAAGAGUGGGAGAAGGGGGUGGCCCAAAGCAGAUGAAAGCGAGAAAAAAGGAAAGAAGAAAAAAAAUGAGUCGACGAAGGAUCUCAUUCGUCUGACUUGGGCCAUUAGGGAGCAUAUUGGGCACUUUGUCUGAUCUGCCUGCCAGCUGAGUGCCGGCCAACUGAUGCAGCACUCGCAGAUGGUAACCCAGCACUUUGUCUGUGUGUAGGUAGGUGCGUACGGGUUGUGCGCGCACGUGUCUACGGGAGACACAGAGACGGACGGACAGACAGACAGACAGACAGAGCCCUCCAACACUAUCCGCUUCCUGCCACGCGUUCAGCGGAGCGUCUCGACUGACUACGAUGUUUAGCACCGACACACCACAACACGACGCAUGACUAGGAUCCCUCCACGCUCCCCAUCUAAAUAGUUGAUUAAAAAAAAAAAAGAGAAUGUACUGUAUUAGAAUUUUAAAAAACGUCUCAUCCAAACCUGUCUUUUUUUCUUUUGCCAUCUCGUUUCUGUUUUUUUGUUUCUUCCCCCUCCUCCUGAUUAUUUACGGGAUUUGUUUGUGUGGUAGAUUCUCUCUCUCGUCACGCAGGCAGGGGAGAAGUCGCUGUAAAAUAAGAUUUAAAAUGCUCCAAACCACUGUCUUUUUUUUUUUUCUUUUCCUCCUGAGCCGAAAUUCUACAACGUGUCACGGCAAGAGUCAAAGUUGCCUAAAGCAAAUACAAAAAAAAAUAUAUAUAUAUAUAUAUAAAGAUUGAGAGAGAAAAAACGAAACUGCUAAAUAAAAAAUGUCACAAAGGAAAAAAAAAAACGUGGACGGAAAAUUGUGCAAUUUCCGUUUUAUUUUUACGUCUUUCUCGAUUUUUUUUCCAGCUUUUUUUUGGGGGGGGGGUGUAAUAAAAGCUUUAAAAAUAUCUGUAGAUUUUAUUGUACAGCGUGUAUGACUUUUAGAGCAUGUCCAAUCUGUUUUCUUACUAUGCUAAAACACAAAGAGAACUCAAGCACAUGGACUCAAGAAAAAAAAAAGCACCGGUUGUAAAAUUGUACAAAAAAAAAAAAAAAAGAAGUUACUGAACUUUUUUCUCCUUCCUCUGCCUGAACGACGGGCGGCAGUGACACAUGUUGCCCCGAAGGCCGGAUACGAGUGAAGAGGAGGAACGUGAAAUAACCCCCCGCCCCAUCCCCUCCAUCCCGUCCUACUACAAGCACACGCCCGUGUGAAUCCGCAGCACAAAUGCAAAUCUUUUACACAGUGCGAGAAAAAAAACAUUUUUGGAAGCUCCUGACACGGUUAGCCGCCUCGUUGGACACAUUUCUUGGCUUUGGCUUUGGGAAACCGGUCUCGGAUGUGUGUUGCCUCCCCGGCUGACAGUGAGUUAAUGUGUAGCAACUGAGCAACGUUGCACUGGAUACCUCUGACACUGGAACAGCUGUGAGUUUUUUUUCCCCGAAGGACCUCCCGUUGCCGCGUUUGUGUGCGUGUCUCUGAUUUGGUGGAAGGCCGCCGCCUGUUUUCAUCGACGCACAGACACAUGUUGCAGAUACUUGCAGGUGUUCAACGUGGCACAGACGUAAGAGGAUUUUGCCAAACGUAAAACAAGGCGGGAUUACACGAAGUCACGUGAAUUGAGGCGGGGGGGGGGGGGUUGGCUUGCGCGUGAGAAUGUAUGCAAAUGCGUGUGUGUGCGUGUCUCCGCGCGGGACGGGGGCACGCGCACACGCGAGCGUGCAGCCAUGGUCGCCCCCGCGAGUAUAUAUGCACAUGCUUUUUGUUUGCCCAUGUGCACGAGCCGGGCGAAGAGGACGGGAGCGCGUCUCUCUUUCUCUGUGGGGUUUUGAAGUCAUGUGAUGCUUAUGUACAACUUGCCCCCAACUCCCUCCCCCCUCCCCCUUCCCCUCCCCCCCUCUCCUCCCGCUGUUUGUGUUGAUAACAGAGAGAUUUACAUAAUUAUAAUGAACUACUACUUAUUGUGAUCGUGAACCCAUUAGAGUGGACACCACCUUCUGGUACUGUGUUGAACUGCGCUCGUACCCUUGAAACCCCCUCUACGUCCCUCCCUCCCUUCCCACCCUUCCCUCCCCCCCUCCCUCCCUCCCCAGAAUUCUUUGUUCACCCCCUUUCCACACGACGUUGUGCUCACUUGUAUAUGUUGAUGCUAUGUUGACCCCUUGUAAUUUAAAUGUAGGGACGCGCGUUUACUUUGCCACGCUCCCGUUUUGGUCAUUCCCAGUUUUUCCGCUCAUUACAGAACAUCAGCGCCCUCCUCAGCCAUCCCCAGGUCCAUCUUUCUUACCGUGUACCUCCUUAAUUGCCUUAGCCUCUGCUGCCAACCCCAGCUCCUAAAUUCUCCUCUCUUCUCUAACUUCUUCUUUAUUGCUACUUUUUUUUUGUUGUCGUUUUUUUUUUUUUAUUUUGCUCCACUCCCGUCCUCGAUAUCCUCUCCCCAUCCUUCAUCCCCAGCGCAGAACUAACCAUGUUUUCUUUUACUUUUCUUUUUUCGGUGAAGUACUAUAGAUUGUUUUGCUGAAUCUUGAUACUGUGUUUUAAUGUUCUUGUCGACAUUUAAUAAACAUUCACAUUUUAUAAAUGGA